AUGACUUCCACCGCGAACGCUUCGUGGCAUCCGGCUUUCAUGCCCAAUGAUGCUAGUGGUCAUGCAACCACAGAAGCUCAGGUUUCCCCGAGCGCAGAAACCCAUGAUUCACCAUCGACAGCUCCUCUUCACAGCCAGCUUGCUGAAGAUGUCAAGCCUACACCCCCAUCACAAGCGACACAGCUGGAGCUUCAGCCGAAGCCGGAGGAGCAAAGCAGUCCUUGGCUCGCCGAGGACGACAGCAGAGAUGCUUCGGACGAUUGGCCUGUUUUCGAAAGACCAGUGUCAGAUGCACCGGCCGUUAGCGACGACGACCUCAAAGAAGUUUCAGCCUCGACCGCAGCUGCCGAGCCAGAAACGACUUUGCUCCCCUCUGCCGAACUGGCCGAUGAGAUCGCUCCGCAGCCGCAAGCUAUAGCCUACGAACCCAAGCCGUCCGCACCCACCCUGGGCCAUACAAGUACCAACUCAUUUACUCGAACCGUCUCCCACGAGGUCAACUGGGACGAUGACCAUGACACAGAAUGGACCCUAUCACGGACCGACACUGAUCCUUUCAAGUUCAUGCCACCCAACGAAAGGACGAACUCAUUUCCGCCUGUCCCGCCUGCCAGCGGAGUGUCCACAGCCGUCCCUGGCACGGAGCAGCCUCUUCCGUCAAACCAAGCCGAGGACUUGAUUCACGAAAUUGAGAGCGCGCCUGAACAUUUCGAUAAUGGUGCUUUCGAAGAGACGAAUCACGCUGCAAACGACUAUGAAAACGGUUUCGACGACGAGGAACCGCAGGAUGACCAGCACUAUGUCGGUCGCGAUGCCACGUUUACCGAGCAGGAGGAUCUUGGUUCCCGCUACGAGGAGGGCGUUCCUCUCAUUCCCCUCUCUGAGUCCAAUGGAGAAGUUUCUCAACCCGAACAGAAACUUGCCAGCUUUGGAGAUGAAGUGGCAGGCGAGGACGACUUCUUCAGCCAGAUCCACAGCUCCAACAAUGAGGACUUCCCCGACUUUGGCGGAAACCCUACACUGGAGCGGAAAUCCACAAUGCAAGUCAUGGGCGACAUGAACACAACCACACUGCUGAGAGCUGAUACGCUGGGCGAAAUGCUUGAAGAGGAUGAAGACGUUGAUGAGACUACGAAGUUGACGGAGGAGCCUGCAGAGCCUAUCCAGUCGGAAUAUGCUGGAGCAAAGCCAGCUGAUGACCUUGCUGCUAAGUGGGAACAAGCUUUUGCAGACGACGACGGAGAAGACUUCCUUCUGGACGAGUCACUCGACGAGGCUGGCGAAUCUAAGCCCGUCGAUCCAUCGGCAUUCUUUGGCAGCGACGACGAGGGCUUCCUCGACGACGAUGACGACCUACCUACAACUGCGGUCCCGGCGCCGGCUGUUCAAUCCGCUGGACAACAGAACCGAUAUACUCCUUCUGUUGCUCCCCACCAAGCUGCUUCCUCCCCUUACGCGCCGACUGCGCCGGCAGUGCCGUCGCCCUACCAGCCUCAGACUGCGGCCUCUCCAUUUACUCCGGCAGUGGCCCCUUACGCUACCCAGCGUACGCAGUCAGCCGCUCCUUACAAUGCGCAGCAGACGCGCCCUGAGCCUGUCAAAGCCCAGAGUUUUGCAGCGCAGUCUAAGGGCGGGUAUACUUCUCCUUACGAUCUUCCCAUGGAAGUUGUUGUCCCGAAAAAGAGGGUUAGCACACAACAAUUCCCGCAAAGCCCUUCGACGGGGCCAUCGUCGGGUCCCCCUCCGCGUAGCUCUAGCAUGCAAGCUCCCACGCCACCGCCGCCGCAAAGAGCUGUUACCUCGAGCGCCUCACCGCCGACGUCAAGUCACUCUGGGCAGCCACCGCCAGCAGGAAAACCCGUCCCUAUGCUUCGGAAUAAGGAUAGUUUCUUCGAGGAGCUGCCCGUGGCUUCAAAACCACGAUCGGCCUCUCGACAGAGCUACCGUGUAGGUUCUCCUGCUUUGGCUGGACCGCCUGAGCCUCUGCAACCUCAGACCCAGGGCCAGGCUCAGCUUGCUCCGUCACCACUGUCACCGCCAAUGUUGUCGCCUCCUGGCAUGAGCCGCUCGCUCUCGGGUGGAAUUCCACACUUGGUACCUGGUGAGCGUGUCAACCCCUAUGCGCCUCAGACGACGCAACAACAGGUCCCUGGAAUCCCUGGCAAUGCCAGGUACUCCCCUGCUCCUCCGUCGGCACCGAAUACCAAUGGAAUGCACCGCCCGCCGUCCGGGAGCAGAUAUUCACCAGCUCCGACAGCCGCAAGGCCUCCCGUACCCGCUUUCCACGCGGCUACCACGCCUCCCACUGUUCUGCCGCACUUGCCUAGAACGUCCAGUCCGUUGGCUCAUUUUGAGGUCUCGCGUGAGGCGGCUGCGACCAAUGGAGACCACCCUCAACCUGACCGCAGGUCGAGCUACACCCUUGAGCCAAGGAGAGUACCAUCACUACCUACUACUCGCGAGGUUGAGGAGGAGGAAGAUUCGAAGACUUCGUAUGCAGCUCAGCCUGCAAACGGUGUGCCUUCUGAGUCCCGAUAUAGCCCGGCACCGCCGAUGGUCGCGCGGCAGACACCGCCGCCGUCAUCCCACGGCCCCCCUAUGCACGCGACUUUGUCACCUUCGAAGAGGUCCACAUCUAACUACCUGCCACAAGCCAUCCUUCAUGACUCACCUCCCGAUAACAGAUACGCACCGCCACCGAGAUCCCAAACCCAGUCACCAGGAUCCUCUCAAGGAGCACGCCCGCAGUCCCAGCCCGUGCCUCGGCCGACGUCGGUCCAUAGCCCAACCUCCCCUCGAGCAACUAGGAGUUUCCAACCUGUCACCGCCCCUGUUUCUCGGCCCCGGGGGCCCUCGCAAACCUUCAACUGGGUUGCGCCAACUGACGGUCGCGAAAACGAUCCUCUGCAAAGAUGGAAAGGGGCGCCGAUUAUCUCAUGGGGUGUUGGCGGAACUAUGAUAACUUCUUUCCCUAAAAAUGUGCCGCGUUAUGGUAUGGGGCAAACCGCUCCCAUGAUCAUUCGUAGUCCAGGAGAAGUACACGUCAAACAUAUCAAGGAUACCCAGCCGCUCGAAGAGAGGCUGGCGAAGUUCCCCGGGCCUCUGCGUGGAAAAUCAAAGAAGAAGGAAACGAUCGCUUGGUUGAGCUCAGGCAUAGACACCCUGGAAAAAGAACUACCUGAAGUAUCUUUCCAACCUCAGCUUCCUCACGAGCAUAAGCGCGCGGUUGAGCGACUGUUGCUCUGGAAGAUUCUGAGGGUUUUUGUCGAGCAUGACGGUGUUUUGGAAGGCACCACCGCCGUGGAUAAAGCUGUGCGAGAUGUUUUAUCCCCCGGUCUCGACGCCAAUGGCAAUGAGGGUACGCUUGGCUAUGGUGCUGGACUCGGCGCCGACGCUCUUCAAGAAUCAUCUUCAACCCAGAUGAAGGCAGAGGUAGUAGACUCAUCUGCAAUGGAUCAAAUCCGGAAGCAUCUCCUGGUUGGCGAUCGCGAAAAGGCGGUAUGGGAAGCUGCUGACAAGAGACUUUGGGGUCAUGCCAUGUUAAUUUCCAACACCGUUUCCCCAGAUCUCUACAAGCAAGUCGCCCAGGAAUUCGUCAGGAAAGAGGUCAACUACCCAGGACACGCCAACGAGUCUAUUGCUGCGCUUUACAAGGUUCUCUCUGGCAACUUUGACGACUGUGUUGACGAGCUAGUUCCGGCCCACGCCCGGGCUGGGUUCCAGCUCGUCAAUACAGCCUCGGCCAGUGGUUCGACUAAGGAUGCCACCGAAGGACUCGACAAGUGGCGGGAGACUUUGGGCCUGGUCCUAAGCAACCGCAGUACUGACGACGUCCGUGCCUUGAAUGCCCUCGGCAACUUGCUGUCUUCGUAUGGACGAGCUGAAGCCGCACACAUCUGCUUCUUGUUCGCUAGGAAGGCUACAGUUUUCGGGGGCCUCGAUGACCCUGCCUCGAACUUUGUCCUUGUUGGUGCUGAUCACAAGACUCAAGGAGAGCAAUUUGCCAAGGAGACUGAGGCUUUACUAUUGAGCGAGGUCUACGAGUACGGUCUUUCACUCGCGGGAGGCCCUACCCUAACUGUCGGCGUGCCACACUUGGCUGCGUAUAAGCUCCAGCACGCGAUGACUUUGGCUGAGUAUGGGCUUCGGGACAAGGCCUUGCAAUAUUGUGAGGCAAUUGCCAGCUCCAUCAACGCUCAGACUAAGAGGUCGAACUAUCACCAUCCUAUCCUGGAGACCGCUGUAGAAAACUUGCGAACGAGGCUCAGGCAGGCUCCCAAGGAAGAAUCGUCGUCCUGGAUUUCCAAGCCCAGUAUGAACAAGGUUUCGGAUACAGUUUGGAGCCGAUUUAACAAGUUUGUUGCUGGUGACGAGAACGACGGUUCUGCUGCUAGCGCAUCUGGCGAGGGUGGUGCUGAAUCUGGACCAUUCGCUCGGUUGGCAGGAGGCACUCCUACUAUCAGUAGAUCGCCUUCUGUGUCAAACUUUGAGCCCAUUUACGGAGCAGGUGCCACCAGCCUCCCAGUUGGGUCUCCUCCUGCUGCUGCAGUUCCCAUCCCUGUUACGAGAGCCGCCUCUCGAUACGCGCCAGGCCCGUCUCAAACACCUCUAUCAAGCUCCUACGAACCCGGCGCUAGCUACACAUCCGGCCCAGCUUCAGUCGGACGCUCCUCAAACGAGUAUUCUCGUAGUCCUUAUGAACCACGAACGUCGAUGGACUCACAACCUGGGUACUCUAAUGGCGGAUACAUGCCUCAGAACGCGACAGGGCCAUCACAAGGUUACACUCCGCCUAUGUAUGACGGUGGCCAAGACACAGCUGCUUCCGCCCAGGGAUUGUCAGGAGCUGUUCAAGCCUCUCCAAUGCAGUCGCCGACCAAGCCUGCGUACCAGGGAUACGAGCCGUAUGGCAGUCAAGCCCCCGCUGUCCCUUCAGUGGAGGUUCAGGGCCAGGAGACGAUUGAAAACAGCCAGCAAUCAGAUAACAACCUGGCCAGUCCAGGCUACCAGCCGCCGUCUUACGGAUACGAACCGCCAUCAAUGUCUAAUGACGAGCCUCAAUCACAAUCUGCAGAGCCCACUGACGGUGGUGGAUACGAACCUCCUGCGUUCCAGCCGUAUGGCUAUGAACCUCCUUCGUACAACCCUGAGCCCGAACAGGAUGAUGAGGGAGAAUCAAGACCGAAGCCCAAGAGUUUCAUGGAUGAUGACGAUGAUGAUAUCCCCGGUCUCAAGGCGCUUAAGCCUCAAGAGAAAGGGAAGUCUGAGAAGGACAAGGAAAACGAAGAGAUGUUCAAGAAGGCGGCCGAAGAAGACGCCAAGCGAGCAGCAGCACAGCAACAGUCCAAAAAGGGAUGGGGAUUCGGCAGCUGGUUCGGAGGCAAGAAGGAACCUAGUCCGGAUCCCCAGCAGGGCAACAAGCCCGUCAAGGCCAACCUUGGUGAAUCCAGCAGCUUCGUGUACGACCCUGACCUGAAGCGCUGGGUGAACAAGAAGGGAGGGGCGGAAGCGACACAGGCAAAGACGGCAACACCGCCGCCGCCGAAGGGGGCUUCGAGAUCCAACACAGGAACACCACCUCCGCCACGCACUAUGACACCUCCCAUGGGCCGUGCAAGUGCUCCUCCUGGAGGACCGCCUGGCCCGGCACUUGCGCACGCUGCGUCCAGCGAAAGCCUGGGAGUGCCACCAGGACCGCGACCGCCGAGCAUGAUGCGUUCAGUAUCGAACAACAGUGUUGGAGGACCUCCUAGCGCUCCUCCUAGCCGACCGGCAACAAGUAUGAGCAAUGCCAGUAGCAUUGACGACUUGAUCAGCGCGGCUGGACCCCGAAAGCCGGGUGCGAAGAAGGCGAAGAAGGGCGGACGGUACGUGGACAUUAUGGCCAAGUAA